AUGGACUCGAUCUUCGAGACGCAGCGCGCCACCCACGAGGAGAUUGAGCGGUAUGAGCAGGCGCUCGCCGACGUUCUCAUGCAGAACCCGACGGCGCAACGUAACAUCACGCGGAGAGAUCGGAAGGCGGCCGACAUUCUGGACCGCAUCGGCGAGCUGCGGCACAACCUCGUGCUCAUGUAUGAGGACAUCCCUGGUCUGCGGCCGACGGAGUUGUCCGCCCUGACGGCGCCGGCAAAGGGGGAGGGUGACGAGCUCGCCGAGUUCUACAGCCGGUUCGAGAAGAUCAAGGACUUCCACAGGAAGAACACGAACAUCAACGCUCGACAGCUUAUCAACGAGAUCGAGGACAUGGUUAACAGCGAUGGCCUCGAGAAGGUUCAGGUCGAAGGCGAGGAGGAGCCCAUCAUCGUCGAUCCCGCACACGAUGUAUUUGAACCUGAAGGGAAGCUCGCGCCUGUCGUACGUGGCGUACCUCGACAUGCUGCGACACGGACGAGUGGAGCGGACGCUGGAUCUGCGGGAGAAGGGUCACCCAGACUACCUCCAACGAUUUACAACUACCUUGUGUCGUUCUUCGACCGUGCGCUUCCCCUGAUCGACAUUCACAAGAAGCUGAAGGAGGACGACGCCGAAUUUGAGAAGUUGUGGGCCGCCGGCGAGAUCGAAGGAUGGACAGAAGGCAAGGCGAACGGCGGUGUGCUGAACAAGGAGGGCAUCUGGUGCCCCUACUGUCAGAAGCGCUACUCGAAGCAGACGGUGUAUGACGCGCACCUGAAAUCGGACAAACACAAGAAGAAGGAGGCUGCUGGCAAGGCUGUGCCCGAGUCCGAGGCUUCUGGUGCUGCUGAGUCCUCCACGAGCAAGGACAAGUACAAGCAGCCGGCGCGGUACACCUUCCUGGUGACGUCGCUGCUCAAGGUGGACCCGAUCCCGAAGAUUCUGGCCGACAGCCGAGUGGAGGUCGAGCGUCGCGCGGCGCUGACGGCGAGGGAGCGCGAGGCAGAGCUCGAGGAGCAGGAGGAGGCCGUCCCGCCCCCGGCAGAGAUCACGAGUGCGCUGGAAGAGGAGGAUGAAGACGACGACGAGCGGAUUUACAACCCGCUCAAGCUCCCGCUCGGUUGGGACGGCAAGCCGAUCCCCUACUGGCUGUACAAGCUGCACGGACUGGGUGUCGAGUUCAAGUGCGAGAUCUGCUCCGACUAUGUAUACAUGGGCCGCAAGGCUUUCGACCGGCACUUCCAGGAGUCGCGCCAUGCGUUCGGUAUGCGCGCCCUCGGACUGCCGAACACGAAGCAUUUCCACGAGAUCACAAAGAUUCAGGACGCGCUUGCGCUUGCGGACAAGCUCAAGCGCGAGGGAAGACAGGAGCUCAUCCAGAUGGAGAAGGCGGAGGAGUUCGAGGACGCAGACGGAAAUGUCUACGACAAGAAGACGUACGAGGACCUCAAGCGCCAGGGCCUGCUCUAG